AGUUUAGGUUACUAGUGUAUAACUAACCGAACCGAAUCGAGGAUUCAGUUCGAGUGCAGCACAGACCGAACAUUCGGUUUUUUAUCUCGAGUGUUACGUUUUAUAAUCGUUCGUAUCGUGAUUUAUAGUUUUGUUCAUAAAUUUAUUUUACAAAAGAGUAGCUGUGUUACAUGUAGCAGCUGGAAGCGAUGGACGACAAGGAACUAAUUUUAAAUGUGAAGGAGCAAGAUGCGCUUUAUGAUAAUAAUGCCACCGAUUACUACAAUCUACUAAUGCGAGAUAAUAUAUGGGAGAAAAUUGGAGCGAAAAUGGGAGUAGCAGGUAAAAGAUGUAAAGCAAGGUGGGGUUAUCUGAGGGAUCUCUACAUGAAGUCUCGAAAGACCAGAAGAUUGAAACUUGCGCAUGGUAAUUUCACGUCUAAACCAUGGAAAUACGAAGCAGAGAUGGAAUUCCUGAAUCCGUUUCUUGGCCUGACGAAAACAAAUCAGUUUAUUCGCAACAGGAAUCUGGGAAUGCAUCGUAGGACUAGUUCACCGCUUCCUGAAGAAAUUACACAGGAUAUAGAUCCAGAAAAUACUUCUUCGUCACCUUUGCCAUUAGAUACUGCUGCGUCACCACCGUUAUCAUUAAAUCAUGCUUCUGCUUCUCAUUCACCGAUCCAGAAUUCAAGGUAUACAUUCAGGAAAUCAGAGACAGCUAACGCUGCGACAUACAUGCACAAUUUUUCAAACAGACAAGCUCUAUCUUGCGAUGCUUUGAUGAAGUACUUCGAAGCAGUCGCAGAAACAGUCAGAGGAUUUUCACCCAUGCUUCAAGUGAAAGUAAAGUCAGAAAUAUCAAAGAUAGUUCACCAAGCAGAGAUGGAACAUAUUCAGCAAAUGGAAUUCGAACCUUGCCUGCAGUCCGAACAGGAUUUGACACAGAUGCAAUUUUCUUCCAGUAACACUGGUCAUUUGCAAUAUUCAUUCGAUUCUUGUAUGAAACAGGAGCAACCCGGAUGAGCGCGAUAGAACUUGAUUUUGGGAAA